GGGCGGUACUUCGUACUUGUCUCUGAAGAAAAGGCACUUGAGAGAAUAAAGUAAGCCGUCGCCGUGAAAUGAAGACCAACGAAGUAUGGCAAAAGUACGUACAUAAAAGCCAGUUCACGCUUCGUUGUAGCUUGUUUGCCCUACCCGUGCUAGCCCAUGUUGAUCAUCCCAGUUUGCGCCGCUGUGUUCUGCGAACUUGUCUUGACUCUACUUACCUAUAAAUUUGUUCCAUUUCAGGAAAUAUGUGUUGUGUGUGACGUCUCUGGUCGACGUUAGGUGUACUGCUUGUUCAUCAAGAAAAUCGAUUUCCAUGAUGUAGAAGUAAGCUGCUACACUGUCCUGCUGACUUCUCAGUCCACGGGCAUCACUGUAGUAGUUGUGCGGUCCCUACGCUUACUGGCGAAAAUUUUCAACUAUUUCAAACUUAUUUGGUAGCACUGUGAUUUUCUUCUUUCUUUCUACUGAGUGUCUCACAACCCUCUGCCCACUGUUUUUUUCGAUGCGUAGCUAGAGUAAGGCCAGUAACGGGCUUCGAGUUGCCGAAGCGAAGCGUUCUACGUCUGGAACGAGUUGCCACGAGUUCCCAGAAGAAGCUACCUGCGUCGAAAUCGUGGCGAAGCAGGGCGGGCCGGGCGCUAGAGUCCUCCGCGGAAAGCGGGGCGCCCUCUUUGGGAGCUGCUUCGCAGCAGAAGGCGGGAGUGGCGCCGCUUCUUUGCGUUUGGGGUCGAUAGUGGCGCGCUCCUCCCCACGCGGUCGCGGUGAUCGGGAACAAGUGCCUCGCCGCCCUGUGCUUGUUGGUUGGUUCGUUGGGAAGUGUCAAGCUGAGCUUGCCUUGGGCUUUCGUUCCUCGACGUUGCGGCGGGAGGGGUCCCCACCAAGGUGGGCGCGUAGCUGGCUUGAGGUCGAAGGGUGCCCUUGUGAAACUGAGAAACAUGCGGCGGGGGCCGUUUGGGCGGGUCGCGGUGAGUGCGGUUUUUCUUUGGUCGGCAGGUGGGUGGGCUGGUGUGGUACAUGCUACACCCCCAGGGCCCCCGCGCUGGACCCGUUGCGGAUCUUUUGCUGCCCCUCCUUGGCUGUCUUCCUCCUCCACUGGCAAACUCCCUUUCUUCCGGCCCGGAGUAUUCUUGUUUUGUUGUAGUACAACGUCUCGCCAAUUCAUUGCAUGGAGCAGAGACACGAUUCGCAGCGUCGUGCGCUCCUUUUAAGGUCUCCCGUAGUCUCAUGAAGGUGCGCCCGCAGGGCGCUCCGCAGAAAAUUAGGGUGGGCAACUCGAGCAACCCGAGAAACUCGGCCCGAUGCGGGUCCAAAAGAGUCCAGCGCUAGGGUGGUACUUUGAUGGGAUGCGCUGCGGUGCAGGUUACUUACCUCCAGAUGUGGACUCUCCUCAUUUCAAGCACUGUUCUCUCCGCUUCAAAGCGUAUAACUUUGUGCCACUUUUUGUCUGGUGGUGCUCGCCGACGUAUUCAUUGUUUGUCGUUUUUAUGUUCUUGUCGGUUGUCGUGGUUGUAGCUAGUGCUCAUCGCAGAGGACGAGGUAGUACUAGCGUAGUCUUAUCUCCCUGUUCAACUUCAGUUUGUAAUUGUCUUUUUACCUCCUCCCUGGGUCAUUUCCUUUUCAUCUUGAUCCUUUUAACAAGCGUAAAAUAUAUCAAAAAUGGAGCGUGGUUUCCGAAGUGCUGAUUCUCGGACGCGUGGUCGAAACGCUCCAGGUCGGGAAGACUACGCCGACCGGGAUCGUGGGGCACGGCCGCGUUCACGAUCACCACCACGUCGCACUCGCAACUCAAGUAGUGAAGAGAAGCAGAGAGAUCGUCCUCGUGGAGGAACACGACAGGACGGCCGCAAAGCAGCCGACUUUUCACGAAGAGGCGACUCGCAGGGACCGUUUAGCUCAGGCAGAGGAUCUGUUAGUUCAAAUGAUGACCAUAAUACGAAGAAAGCAAACCAAAGUAGGAUUAGGAACGGCGGAGCACGAGACGCUUCAUACUCGAGGAGGCCGGCGGUUCGGUCGGCAGGUGAUAGAAAUGUUGAUCGCGAGGGGCGCAGCAACGAACUAUCCAAUAUUGGACCAGCUGGUGGAGAUAGUAAAAAUAGUCGUAACUCGCACCUUCCACCCAGUGGGGCUUCAGUGCAUAUUCCGUUGAAGACAAAGUCCAAGAAGGACAGGAAGAACAAGCGACCGCAGAGUCUCAGCCCAGCCCGCCAGCAAGAGGACAGAGCGAGGAAUGACGGACGCACGGAAGGCAGCAGAGAGGACUCUCACAAUCCGGAAGAGAGGAGAGAGCCAAAACAGCGUAAAACCCUUAACAAGGAGACCGGUGACCGCGAUACAAGGCAAUUGUCUCCAGUUUCGGUUGGGGAGGCUUCCGAAUUAGAGGAGGUCACUAGAAAAGCGUCGAAGAAAGCCCGCAAAGGCGACAAAAAAGACAGAGGCGAGAAGAAAGCCAAGAGAGAAAAGAAGACACCUCGGAACGCGCCUGACCAUGAAAACGCCAGUGAGGGGAAACCCGCCAGGAAGCAAGCACGAGCUGAUGAAGAUGGCAUGGAUGAUUCUGGUAAGAAGCCGCACCGUUCUGCGCCCAGCGAAUAUCUAAGGAAAAGUGAAAGCUCGAAGGAGCCGGCGACGGGCACAGAAGAAGGCCGCUCAUCAAAGGAGAGAGUCGCAGAUACGAAUAGAGGAAGAAACACGUCAGAUUCUAUCUCCAAUCUGACAAGAAACUCGCCGUCUAAGCGUGAGGAGCGCCCUCGCCACCACAACAACGUUCGCAGGACGAAGGAAGCGAGUCGAUCCUCCGCAUCUGACGACGAUCGAGAUGCGAGAAAUGCUAAGCAGCAGAAGCAGUCUUCGAGAGGAGGGGAGCGCCACAGACGUGCUGGAUAUCGAGACGAGGAAGGGCCACGGGCUGUUAGUAAAACACUGGCGGAGCAGAGUGAGGACAAUGAUGACAGUGAAAAUCGGAAACAGAAUUCAUCUAGUAAGAAAGUAGAUGUGAAGCUGAAUCCGGAGGCCGUGCGUCCUCUGGAGGAAGCUGGAGGGGAUCCUCCUGAUAAGAAGAAGAAGUCAACAUCUACAACAUCUACCUUUGGGGUUGCCGCUACACCAACGAAGCCCCCAGCAUCCUCAGCCUCGGCUACAUCGUCUACCACUAGCGCCUCUGGACCUCCAGAGAGGAGCCGGCCGCCUGACGGAUUCUUAGGACCUGAGAGAAAGCCAUCAGUGGACGUAGACAAGCGAGAGCAACGUGUCAAUCUCGCGCCUGUUCCUCGUACCAUUAUCAGAACAAAAGGAGAUGAGAAUGUUGACACAAAGGCAAAGAAUAAAAGUCCGGACAAGUCUGGUAUCACGCUGAAGCCGCGUCCCGGCUUCGACCCAGAUAAGAGAAACAAGGUGGACCACAAUUCUUCUUCUAAUAUGAAGCAAGGAAAACCAACAGGAGAACCCCCAUCCAGAGGACGAGCAGGAAGUACAAGUACAACCCUCGAAAAACAACAAGGCAGCCAGAAAGGCGAGACCGUUCGAAAUGCGUCCACACCCGAUGCUUCAGCGAAAGUACGUCCUCCGCAGCCAAGUAAUCCGCCGCCGCCUUCGGCUUCAGGAAAAAAAGAAGGUGCAGGAGCAGCGAGUGUACAAGUCGUGGCUGCAGCGUCUUCAGCUGCCAAGACAAACAAAAUUGAAGAACAAAACGUACCCUCGAAAGAUGGUGGAUUCACACAAGCACAAGGCCCAAAGCAGAACAAAAUGGAAAUAGAGAUUCACAGCAGGCCUCCUUCCUCAACGUCAGUAGUUACUCCUUCUUCUAGCCCACAGUUGACUAGUAGAACCACAAGCGGUCCCGCCGACCAGAUGAAGACAACAACUGAGGCCCCGGUUGUAGUCAUGGCUAGAGGUAGCGCGGAUGCAGCAGACCGAUCCUCCAAAACAGUAUCUGCUUCCCAGAAAGAACAAGCCGUCAUAGGACCUCAGCUACACUCGACGGUUGGAGCAGCGACGAAGACUGGCAUUCCUCCACCACUAAGUGAAAAAGCUGGCACAGCGCACAGGAAAGGAGCUCCACUCUCCGCUCAGGGAGCUUGUACGGGUCCCUGGAAUAUCAAAGUAAACAGCGAACAAGAGGACGAUGAUGUCGACGGAGUGCCAUUGGAUGUAGGUGAAAAGACCGCCGCACGAAAAAAGUUCGAAACGCAGCCUUUUGGCCCGCUAAUUCACAAGCCUCCAGGGUCUCUAUCAUCGUCACACGCUGCUCACCACAGUAGUAGUUCAAUGCGUGGCUUUGCAUCACAACAAGCCAAUAGUGGAGGAAGUACAAGUAGAACUUAUAAUAGUUUUGACAACAACAAGUAUAACAAUAAUUCUGGGCUAGCACCUUCUGGCUCGCGGACCACAAGCGCGAGGUUCCAACCAGCCGCUGAGCGUCCCCGUGCACCUGGGGAUUAUUCUUCGAGCAAUUUGCCGAGCCCCGGCAUCGGCCCUGCCGCUUCUCCCACUGCAGUCCUUCCUCCACCUAGUGCUAGUAACCAACAACAGCAUGACGCAAAUGCAACGAAGCGAUCGAUUGGUGCGCUGCAAGCGAAAUCGUCCGCCCCACCGCCGGCUUCGGCAUCGCAAUCUAUUGGAGCGACCGGCAAACCGACAGGAGCCGGGGGCAAGGAGGCAAAAAAUUCGCAGCCACACAUGCAGCCAAGUACUGGAGCGCCAGCGGCGGCGACAUCAAAUACUGCCGUACCACUGAACAGUAGCAACUACAAAGGCGCACAAGCAUCGUCGCAGCAAGCAGCAGGAAGAGGGAAAGCGAACACUUGUGGGCAGCAACAUGGCAAAGGCCCAGCUGCGACAGUAGUCAAUGCAGCUGCAGGCGGAGGGAUGGCUCCGGCCGGAUUUCAAUCUGGCAACAAUGUAAUGUCGAAUACGAUGGCAAUGCAGCAGGCUGCUGUCGCAGGAGCAAUGACCGCUGCUAAUAUGUGGCCUGCGCAAUACGCACAAGUGGCUAUGACUCCCGUCAACAUGGUAUUGCUCUUUUUGCGAACUUCUAAGCCCUCACUCUCACUCUUGUUCCUUUUCAUUUCGUGAAAGAAAGUACAACAACUCAUCUUCAUUUAUGCGAUUAUAAUUUGUUUCAUUCUGUGGAUCGACUGGUGCCCAUGAUCAAGUUAUUUUGUUAUGUGUCUGUGUGGAUGUGCUUUCUAUCUCCCUGAUUUUCUCUCCUGAAGAUGUCAAUGUCUUGUCAAAUAACACUAUGUAUCAUGUUUUUUCAGAUGGGUGUGGGUCAGCCAGGAUUUUCGAUGAUGGUUGUGCCGAGUCCCAAUCUCAUUGCGGCCCCUGCUGGUGCGCAGACAAUGCCCCAACAGUCUCCGCGUCCGGCGCAGAACGUGGUCGGGAAAGGGAAAGACGGGGCGUCGACAACACUACCCGGUGGCGCACCGAAAUCUUCGGCUGGCGCAGCACCGGGGGGCGUCACCGAGGCCGACUUGAGAGAGCAGCACUUGCCCUCGGACGAUGACGCUGAUAUGAAGGAAGUAGAGAAGGAUCUUAGACGAGGACCACGAGACCGCGAGAGUUCGUCCAGCGGAGGAGGCCACUCAUCCUCGUCCGAUGAAAUGAAUGAAGAAAAUAUGCUGCUUGCUCAUGGAUUGACGAAGGAGCAGGUGCGAGAAAAAGAAAAACUGAAAUCAAAAAGACGCAGUCGUGCAGAGCUGGAUUUACGGCAGGCACCUGGGCGGGAUCGAAGUGAUGCUACGUCAAGGCACGGGGAAGGCAACAGAAAUGGAGACUUCCACAGUUUUUCAAAAAUGAAUAGCACAAGUGGCUUUAACCAACAACUACAACCUGGCAGUCAGAGGACACACGUCGACCUUCAAAUGAAUAUUAGAGCAGGAGGUGGAGGCCGCGGACAACAUCGCGGUGACUCAAGGCACCGUCGGUCACGGAGUCCUCGGGGCCGCAGACAGCGCAGCAGCAGUCGCCAAUGUGGUAGGGCCGAUGCUCCUCAACAGAGGCAGUCUUUCGUGACUGGCGCAAAUAACAUCGGACCGAUGCCCUUACCAGAUACAAAGGCUACAACUGAGGCUCUGAUUGACAAACGCGCCAACGAACUCUUUCAAGAAAAGCUAAGGGCUAUGAAGAACACACGGCGAGAGGACCCCAUCAUCUACGAUUCUUCAGAUGAAGACGAUGAAGAAAACCACUUCUCAACAUGGGUGGGAGAGAAUAUGCACCCAGUGGACAUGCUUGCCCACAAGGUAAAGCAGAAUGUUUGUUCAUCUAUGUAGAGUAUGUCUUGAUCAUCGACCUAGAUCUAGAGUAUGUGUUGAUCAUUGUUGUGUGUUUUUGUUCUGUAUCUGUAAAAAAAUAUUUGUCCGUCCUCUGGCAUUCUUGAUGUGGUACUGCGCUGAACACAACACGGAGAAUCAGCUACUGUGCAACAGUUUCUUUAGAACUCCGAGAUAGUUCCUGUAGUACUAUCUCAAUGCAUAGCGAUCCAGACUAGUCUGCUCCUAUCUUUUAUCUUCAGGUGAAGUAUCACAAGCCACAGACGGUCUUUCAGAGCGAUGAUUUUCCUGGCUGCCUUGCUGCUCUCUACCAGCCAAAAUAUACUGGAGAAAAUUUGGAAUAUUAUGCGCAGCGUUUGUUUGAGUUUCUGCGAAGGAACAUACAGUGGACGACGCGCAAGAAGCACCACCAGGUCGCGUGGUACACACAGUUAAGAGACAAAAGCUUGACGACCUUUUUCGACGUAAAGAAAAAGAAAUCGUGAAUGAGCAUAUUUUUACUUAGUUCGAGGAUGCUCAAUUCAUUUUUGUCCAAGAGUAGAAGUACUAGGAGCAUGCUUACUACUUAGCUCAGUUGGAUAGAUUGAUAAGAUUAUCAUGUUGAUUGCAGAAACAGAAUGCGUCUAAGAUCCAAGGACAAGAAGGUCCCUUACGGCUACGAUAGAAAUGGCGCGUACGAUCCGAUAGAGUUUCCAAAAUGGAUGCUCGCGAUGCGUAGGCACAUGCUAACAGUCCUCAAUCUUCCCCAGGAUAAUCCGCCACACGGGUAUUAGUAUUUUUUAACUAAAGAUAAAUCUUCGCGGAAGCUCGUUGCAUGAUCUAUUUUUCACUGUGUAUUUACUCUGACGAUACUUGGGCCUUCUUGAUCUGGUAAGAUACCGAAUAUUCUAGAAGCAGCAAACCAGUAUAAUAUGAUUCAGAGCUAUUCCUCAUGCAGGUGCAACAUUAACCUCUACGAAAACGGGAGCGCAAGCUUAGGAGCCCAUUCCGAUAAUGAGGGGAUUUUCGACGGGAUAAGAAGUGCCAUCAAGAUUGUGUCAUUCUCACUUGGGCAGCAACGCACCUUCCAAAUCGUCGAAUGGAACAAGACUUGGGACGAGAGUAGGCAGGGGAUGUACAAUAAAGUGCUUAAGGUUUUAUUGGAUGUUAGUCUUAUCGUCGAGUAGAUGAAUUAGAGCCACUUCGUAGAAAAAUCGAUAACGCCUAAACAAGAAGUACGUUCAUCUCCGAGUACCUGCUCAAAAUUUUCGGAGCAACCUGACUUUUUUAUAUUGUUAAUGAAUUUACAAUUAUGUUAUUUAUGAUGAACCAACUGGGAAUCCAAAUUAUAUGUGGUCUCUCUGGCUCUAGGUCUAGUCCAAAGCGACGUCAAUCUUCACAGAACUACUAAGUGAAUAGCAGUAAUUAUAUUGCAACUUGGAUAUGUUGGUUCCAUUCACGGCCCCGUCUUCUUUGUCUAAUCUUUUUAAAGAAAAGGAGCUGCCCCAGCUGAGUUUUAUGACGAUGGAGGGAAACUUUCAGCGAGACCUGAAGCAUCAACUUCCAUCGGAGCCUGAUCGGACUUCUCCGCGAAUCAACAUGACGUGGCGCUGGAUUCUAAAGCCAGAAGCGGCUGGUGAUGCGCCGGAACAGAGUGGCAAGUGUGCCCGCGGUGGUUGGAAAGGAGGCAAGAAUUUGAAUAAUCGCAAUCGACCAGACAACCAGCAAGGGUCAUUCCACAACAAUUACGGCCAGGGUAAGAUGAACAACAUGAACAUGAACAACAGGGCUGCGGCAGGCGGAAUCGCUGGAACGCAGCAACAUCACCAUAAAGGAUACUACAAUAACUUUUACAGGGGGAACAAUAACAAUUUUCCAUACGCUGUUGGUGCUGGCACCAACACAGGCGGCGAAGCUGCUGGUGAGGCAGACCAAGUCGGAGGUCAGAAUUAUGACGAGCAGCAGAGUGGAGAGGCAACUUCGACUGCCGCUGGCAGUGGCGCCAAAGUCAAGAAAACACUACAAGAAGUAAACAACGAAUAUAAUCGAUAUGCGGACGAGAACAUGGACGUGGGUGAAGGCGGACAGGAUGAACAAUGGAAUGAAGAAGGACAGCAGGAUGAGGAGAAAGCGUAUGGAGGAAAUGAUCUUGAGGAAGGCGCGGCAGAAGGCCAGCACUGGCAGGAAGAUGAGGACAGCGCUGAUGAUGAAGAAGAAGAAGAAGAACAAGAAGAAGGUGGUGGACCCGCUUCGUCGUCGACGCAGCAUGUUCAAAUCAGUGCCUCUGGAGCCGCGAGCAGUUACAACAAUGAUUUUGCUCGUCCGGCCAUGAAUAUCAUCAAUAGACAAAAUUGGCAAACGCAGAGAACGAAUAACUACACAAACGCUGCGACUUUUAGUUGCGGCAAGGGACGUGGGAAAAAUAACAACCGUGUUGCAGGAGGAGGUGGCGGACAUCAUUUUCAUAAUACUACCGGAGCCUGAGCACGAAUACGAGCACAAUGAAGAGAGCCAAUAAGCCGUUUUUAAUUUUAAAGUUCGACAUGUAAUUGUUGGUGACAUAUUAUACUUAGAACUCCGAGGUUGCAGAAAAAAAUAAUAAGCACCAGGGGACGCAAAAGACAUAGACAAGCAUCGUAGAUGUGCGACAAACAUAGAGAUGGCGCAUCGAUGGUCCAUUCGUCUUGCCAAAUUUGAUAGAGAUAGUAACGAAGAAGGGAACAUACCCUGGCUGCGAUUACAAGAUUUAUCCACUAGAUUUCGAGGAAACAUCAGCUUGCUUUUCGGUGUUUGACGAGCAUAUUAGCACUGGAUGCUUACCGAUCCAUGAUUGGAAAGAGAACGAACAUGCGGGUGAUCCGUUCUGUCUUGUAUUCUCAAGAAGCAUGGUUGUACAAGAAUGAUUAUGAUUGGCGGGGAGUAGUUGUAGUGGUAGAUGGAUGAUCGCCCGAACAAUUACUUAGCUUCUACUUCCUUGUACGUAAUCAGAUAUCUCGAUCCUCCUGUACAAAUUUUAGAUUUAGAUGCUUCAUCUUUAUAAAUGAAUAUGCUCCUCGAUGAUGUAUGAAAAGUAGACAAUUCGCUCGUGUACGGGCAUUAUACUUUGGCUAUUGACUGCUUACUUGUUUUUAGCUGCUCGUUGAACGCAAUACAGCGCUUUACCCCUUUUGACAAUCAAAGAAGAAAUCACGCCCGACCCUACUUGAUUCCCUUUCCCACCCCUACAAAUAUCUAACAUAGCACAAGGUGACCAACAUUUGUACAUCUCUCUUUAGUAGUACGACUACACCUCACUCUCAGAUCUGCUUUGCAGUCGUAAAUGCAACUGCUCCAGGGAACAUCCGAACUUGUUCCAUAACAUUGUUUGAAGGCAAAAGGUUAAGCUGCCUGGAUGAGUGAACAGUUUUGAGAACAAUAUUGUAGAAUAAUUUAUAUGACGGAUGUAGGAUGGACUUGGAUGGAUCGGAUGGCAUGGACCUACCGAAAUUCUUGGGUCCUACUUGAAACGCUUAGCGAAGCGGGGAAGUCCAUCCGAGCCAUCCGAUCCAUCCCAUCCUGGACCGGGCACCUCUAUAAAUUAUUCUAAUAAAUAUUGAUAUUUGGCAGUAGAC